AUGGCAUUCUACGGUAGAAGACGUGUUUUUAACCGAAGGCGUUUUUAUGCUAAGAAGAGGUUCUUUAAUAGACGUCGUAGGAAUUUUUAUAGAAGGAGACGUGCUCCAGUUCGAAGAAGGACUUACAGGCGAAGAGGUAACAUCAUGAAGAGAAUAUACAAAGGAAUUGUUCAUUCUGAACACAAGGCUUCGCAUGAGUUUAAUUUGGGAGCCAAAGGAGUUUAUACAUCUAAUCUCUGUUGGAAUUGGCACACUUUCCUGACUGGAUCCAUUAAGAGUCAGACUUCUUCUUACCUGAAUCUUUUUGACGAAGUUAAGAUUCGUCACGUUACUCUGGUUUAUUGGUUGAGAAAUAAUGGUUCUAAUUCUUUAACUUAUGAACAACCUACGAUGACAACAACUUACGAUCCAGAUGCUCAAGGUCGUACUACGUCUAUAGACAAUCACAAUUGUUGCCCGAAUACACGUGAACGUUUAAUUCGUUAUGGAAAGAAGUACAAGCUCAGGAUGUACCCCAAGUUCCAGCCUAGGCUUUCUGCUGCUAAAUCUGUAGCUAUUGGUGGUUCUCCUAAUACCUUUGUUGAAGGGUACUACAGUGUUGGACUCUCAUGGAAAGGACGUAGAGAUGGUCAGAUCUAUACUGUCAAGGAUGAUCUGUAUUCUGCUGCUACUCCUGAAGGUUUUGAAGUUUUAGAGGGGUACGAUACAGUGAAUUAG